ACAGUUUUUCCAUUACUCUUAGGUGUAUGCUUUUUUAAAAUUGGACUGUGAUUUGCUGAUUGUUUUCUUCUAAUAAGUUUGUGCCUUUUUUGAGACUCAUCUCCCUCGGUUAAUGGGAUUGUGUUGCUUUCAUCAAAAUCUAAGUGGAAUUUGCUGAAUAUGCUAUCAUUCUCCACAUGAGGACACAAGGCUAACUUGUCUAUAUAUGCUUAAGCUCUAAGUCCUUAGCUAUUGCUCUUCCAUAGCUCUUUCUUUUAUGUGCAUUCAUGAAGAUGGACAUCGUUGAGAGAGCCACCGGAGCUAAAUAUGAAUGCUUGCUCUUCGACUUGGAUGAUACUCUUUACCCCUUGAGUAUAGGUUUCAACUUGGCUUGCCGCAAGAACAUAGAAGAAUUCAUGUUGAAAUACCUUGAUAUUGAAGAAAGUGAAGUACCAAGAAUGUGCUUGGAAUUAUACAGGGAAUAUGGAACAACUAUGGCUGGGUUAAAGGCUCUGGGUUAUGAAUUCGACAACGACGAGUUUCAUGCCUAUGCUCAUGGAAGAUUACCGUACGAAACACUGAGGCCAGAUCCAGUGUUAAGAAACCUACUACUUUCGAUGCCACAGAGGAAAAUAAUCUUCACGAAUGGUGACAAGGCACAUGCGCAACAAGUUCUUAAAGGGCUGUGCUUGGAAGAAUGUUUUGAAGGCAUCAUAUGCUUUGAAACACUUAACCCUCCUCUUCAACAACCUGAUUUCAUGGAUGCUGCUGAUAAGUCACCAAUUCUCUGUAAACCCUCGCUUGAAGCAUUUGAAGCUGCUAUUCAGCUCGCCAAUGUCGACCCAAAGAAAACAAUUUUCUUCGAUGAUAGUGCUCGAAACAUUGCGACCGGAAAAGCAGCAGGGCUUCACACAGUCAUAGUCGGGAGCUCGACACCAUUGCCCGAAGCAGAUUAUGUGUUACGUAACAUCCACAACAUCAAAGAAGCAAUACCUGAAUUAUGGGAUGGAGAAGAGGGGCAAAUGGACCAAGUCAUCCAACAAGCUGCAGUUGAAACGACGGUGCUUGCUUAGAUUUCAGUUCCCAGGGAGGCUGGUCUUGUUAUAUUAUUAUGUCACAUAGGAAGCAUUCAUGUUAAAUAAAAUGGCCCCGUCAGUAAUAUUUACAUGUAAUUGGAAUACAAGGAAAUGGUUAUGUUAUUGUUAUUUA